AUGACCAAGCCAACCGUUGCUAUUAUUGGUACCUCAGGAGCUUUAGGUAAGCCUACAUUAGAUGCUUUUGAAAGUUCAAUUUUUGCAGACAAAUUUCAGUUUCCAAUCAAAACAUUAUCGAGAUCAUCCAAACCUUCAACUGAUAAAAUUGAAUACAUCCAAGGUUCCUUAGAUGAUGAAGGAACUGAUAAGGUAGUUGAAGCAUUCAAAGGAGUCGACGUCAUUAUCGAAUUAUCUGGCCCUCAAGUAUACGGACCGGUCGAAACUUUGGUCAAACAAGUUAAGCCUAAGUUAUUCAUUCCCUCACAAUUUGGAACAGAAAUUGAUAAGUCUGAUAAAGUGUUUCCCGGAUUUUUAGAUAUUAAGACAAAACAUUCUAAAGCAGUUAGAGAUGUGGGUAUUAAAACUGUUGAUGUUAUAACUUCAUUAUUUGCUUCUCCAGGAGCUUUCUUAUAUGAAAUCGUGGGACAAGUGGGUAUUGAUCCAGAAUCAAAGACUGUUACUUACAGGGGAGAACCAGAUCUCAAGUUUUCCUUUACUCACGUUAAUGAUAUUGGUAGAUCGGUUGCAGCAAUCGCGGCCAUUGAUCCUUCCAAAUUGCCUGACAAAGUCAGAAUCCAGUCGGGUUUAAUCACGCCUAGUCAAGUUGUUGAAAGAUAUGAGAAGGAUCAUAAUGUGAAGCUUACAGUUAAAAAUGAAUCGGCUGAAGAAGCUUUAAAGGCUGGUCAAGCCAAAUAUGCGCAGGGUUUCAAUCCGGCCGAUUUCUUAUUCUAUUUGAAUGUUCUCCUUUCCCAAGGUGUUGAUAAUGGUUUAAGAUUUUCUCAGAACGAGAACGAACUAGUUAAUCCGGGAAAUAAUUCCUGGACUUGGGAUCAAUAUUAA